CCUACAGUUAUACAUAAUUAUUAUGUGUGCAUGUAUAAUUAUGGUAACCGGAAGUAGACAGGAAGUAAAUAGUGGGAGGGGCUGGUAGCUGCAAAAUCAUAUAAAUAUAGCUGCUCGAGUUAGCUAGCUAGCUAAGCUAAUGAGAUCAAGAGAGCUCACACAGUCCAAAAUGAACUGGAGAAGUACUCAACGCUUUGCUUGUCAGUCUUGGACAGUAGCUCUGGCAUCUUUUCUGGGCUGUGGACUUGGUUUAGCUCAGAUUGGCCUGAGUGCCUGGCUCUGGAUAUUCUCUAAAGAAUUCAAAAUAGUACUUGGAGAGCCUAUGAGAAAUGCCUUCAUUGGGUACAUCACCAUCGGAUGUAUUGCAUUUUUAGCAUGCUUCAUGGGAGUGCUUUCUGCUCUUCUAAGGAAUCAAUAUGGAAUGCUUUUGUAUGCAGUGUUCUGUUUGGCAAGCAUUGGAUGUCAAGCAGGAGUGUGGGCAUUCAUCUACGUUGAGCAGACAGCAGUGUCUCAAGUAAUAACGGAGAGAAUUCAAGAGAGGACCGAAUAUUAUGACUUCUUCACAAGAGAGUUUAACUGCAAUCUACAAGCUCAGGGAGUUCAAUUCGAAGCGGCAUUGGUGUCCUGUGCAAAUUUUGUGACAGGAUGGAUGUGGACAAUUGUUUGGGUUAUGCUUGGUCUGUGUGCUGUGAUAGCCUUCCUUCAGCUCAUUCUUAUGCUUUUGGCUUCAAUGCUGUUUGUGCUAAUAUCAGAAGAGCUGUUACACAGCAAAGUACGAGUAUCACCUGCGCCAUUCAACGGAAAUGAGAGCAUAUUAUUAUCUUCUUACAACCACAAUGGAAACUCAAUGAGGACCACGCAUUUCUUCAAUUCAUCCUCCCAAAUAUAUCCUGGAUCAAAUCAAACUGGACACAGAGCACAUAACAAUUCGACACUCUUACAGUCAGUACGUAACUUGUCUACUGAAGAGCAGAGGGCAAAGCAAGCGGAUAAAGAGCCUCUCUUAAUUCCUGUCAAGAAUUAUCCUCCAAGUAAACUCACUCACGCAAACGCUACUACUAUCACAAGCACAACAACAAACAAUCAAGUCAAUAUUCAAACAUUUCAAUCAACUUCAAGCACAAAUCAAGCCAAGCCAAAUGCUGGACUUCCAAGCUCUGUUUCUCCACUCUCAGGAACAAACCUUCCAUCUUUGAUAAGCAAGGAAAAGAGCACCACCAAAUCACAAUCUUCCUUUAGAAAAUUUAUAGAAAGAUGGACUCCUACAACUAGACGUAGUAAGGUGGUGCAAGUAUUGCCUAGAAAUAGUGGAACAGUAUCGCCAACAUUACUGAAGGUUUCAUCUACCAACCAACAAGCUGCUACACUCUCAGAAACAAACCCUCAACAUUUGAUACGCAGCCACACCAUAUCACAAUUCUCCAGUAAAGAAUCUAAUAGACCAACUAAAGUGCAAGUAUCGCCUAGAAAUGGAGGAAUAGUAUCGACAACAUUACUCAAUUCGAAUGUUUCAUCCCCAUUGGAAGCUACAUCUACCACGCAACAAGCUGCUACUUCAGAAACAAGUCCUCAGCAUUUAAUCCGCAGCCACACCAUAUCACAAUUCUCCAGUAAAGAAACAUCGACUAAUAGACCAACUAAGGUGCAAGUAUCACCUAGAAAUGGAGGAGGAACGGUAUCACCAACAUUACUGAAGGCUUCAACCCCAAUGGAAGCUACAUCUACCACGCAACAAGCGGCUACACUUUCAGAAACAAGCCCUCAUUAUUUGAUAAGCAAUGAAAAGAGCACCACCAAAUCACAAUCCUCCUUUAGAAAAUUUCUAGAAAGAUGGACUCCUACUAGAUCUAGUAAGGUGCAAGUAUCACCUAGAAAUAGAGGAAUGGUAUCAACAACAUUACUUAAUUCGAAUGUUUCACCCCCAUUGGAAGCUACAUCUACCACGCAACAAGCUGCUACUUCAGAAACAACUCCUCAGCAUUUAAUCCGCAGCCACACCAUAUCACAAUUCUCCAGUAAAGAAUCGUCGACUAAUAGACCAACUAAAGUGCAAGUAUCACCUAGAAAUAGAGGAAUGGUAUCAACAACAUUACUGAAUUCGAAUGUUUCAUCCCCAUUGGAAGCUACAUCUACCAAGCAACAAGCUGCUACACUCUCAGAAACAAACACUCAACAUUUGGUAUGCAGUGUCUGUCACCACACCACAUCACAAUUCUCCAGUGAAGAAUCAUCGACUUCUAAUAGACCAACUAAGGUGCAGGUGCCGCCUAGAAAUGGAGAAGAGUUAUCGCCUACCAAGCAACAAGCUGCUAAACCCUCAGAAACAAGCCCUCGAUAUCUGAUACGCCGUGCCAAGAGCGACACCAUGUUAUCCCAAUUCUCCAGUAAAGAAGCAUCGACUUCUAGAUCUAAUAGACCAACUAAGGUGCAAGUAUCGCCUAGAAAUAGAGAAAAGUUAGCGCCAACAUCACUGAAGGGUUCAUCCCAAAUGGAAGGUAGAGCUACAUUUACCAAGCAACAAACAGAAUUCAAAAUUCAUCAGCAAUCUACCUUCUCAGAAGCAAGCCCUCCGUCUUUGAUACACAGCGACAAAAGAACGACCAAAUCAUAUUACUCCUGGUUAAUGGAAAGAUUAGCUCCUACUAGAUCCAGUAUGGUGCAAGGAUCUCCUAGAAAUGGAGGGAAAGUGUCGCCAACAUCACUGAAGGUUGCAUCCCCAAUGGACGGUACAGUGAUGAUUGCAAGUAAAGGACAGAAAAGUGGUUCUACAGCUACCCGCAAUCAACAACCUGAAGUUAAAAGAAAAUUUAACACAGUAGACGUUUAAUUAAAUGUGAGAGUGACUGAGUAUGCACUACUCUACAUGUACAUGUAUUGUUGCAUUGAUAAGUUGUAUUUUGAUAAAUCCGUUAA